GCGGCGUGCCAGCUGCUGCUCGGGGGGCGGGUGCCCUUCCCCAGGGCCCCAGCCGGCGCGGCGUGCUCCCGGAGCGGGGCCGGGCGGGAGGCGAGCGGGCCGGCCCCGGACAAAGGCGCCCUUCACCGCGGUGCGCGUGCAUGGCGCCGCGCUGCCGGCGCGCACGGGAAACCCGAGCUGCUUGCAGGAGGCCUGCGCCCGCGGUCCCGCCGGCAGCGCUCGGCCCGGCCGUCCCCACGGGCAGCAUGGGCCUGGCCCCAGCUGCAGAGCAUCCAGACAGCCUGGCAUGCGGCAGCGACGCCGUGCAGAGCCGCAGGAGCCGGCCGGCGGAGCCAGGGAGGGAAGCGAGGAGCACGCGGGUCCCCGCAGGACGUGAUCCUUCCAACGCGGCUCUCGGGAACCUCUGCGCUGCCCGCAGGCUCUUCCCGCUGCUCGGGGCGGUCGGCCUGCUGGCGGGGACGGCGGCCGGGGCAUGGCUCCUGGUGAAACACCUGAAGCAGCCGCUGGCAGACCCGGGCUCGGCCCCGCCGCAGGAGCCGGGAGCUGUCGCAGCGUGCGGUGAGGGUGAUGAGGAGGAGCCCGUGGUCCCCCGAGCGCCCGGCGCAGCGUCUUUCAGAAUAAACUCGGGAAACUCCCUGCUGGAAGUGCAGGUGGAGAGCAGGCCCGGCUGGCUGCUGGCGUGUCACGAGCGGUGGGACCUCUCCCUGGGGACGCGGCUCUGCCGGCAGCUGGGCUCUCUCAGGAUGACGCACCAGAAAGCAGUGAACGUGACGGACGUCAGGGUGGAGGGCGCGCAGCAGUUCGCCCAGAUCACAGCCGAGCGGGGCAGCCGCCUGCGAGACAUGUGGCAGGUCAGGGUUUUGCUGCCGCGCAGGAGCCGCUGCGAGUCAGGGCGGAUCGUGGCUCUGCAGUGCUCAGAGUGCGGGCAGCGCCCCGGGGCCGCCCGCGUGCUCGGCGGUGCCGACGCGCCCCGCGGGCGCUGGCCCUGGCAGGUCAGCGUGCAGCACGGCUCCCAGCACCGCUGCGGCGGCUCCGUGCUGGCCCCCGACUGGAUCGUCACCGCGGCUCACUGCGUGCACAGUUACAGGCGGCGGCGGCGGCAGGUCUCCGGCUGGCUGGUGUUUGCAGGCGUCAUCACCCACGGCUCGGUCGGGCAGGAGGCUGGAGUGCCGGUGGAGAAGAUUAUCUACCACUCGCUUUACGACGACAAAAGCCUCGACUACGACAUCGCCCUGAUGAAGCUCAAAGUGCCCCUGAACUUCUCGGACGCCGUGGGCGCAGUCUGCCUGCCGCCGUCCCGCCAGGACCUCCUCCACGGCACCCGGUGCUGGGUCUCCGGCUGGGGCUACACCAGCCCGGACCAAGCGCAGGUCACGGAGACGCUGAAGGAAGCUCUCGUCCCCUUGAUCGGCACCCGGCGCUGCAACAGCUCGUGCAUGUACGGGGGCGAGCUCAGCGCCAGGAUGCUCUGCGCCGGCUACCCGCACGGGCAGGUCGACGCCUGCCAGGGCGACAGCGGGGGCCCCUUGGUUUGCCAGGACGGAUCCACGUGGCGCUUGGUCGGCAUCGUGAGCUGGGGCCAGGGCUGCGGGGAGCCCAACCACCCGGGCGUUUACACCAACGUGGCUCAGCUGCUGCCCUGGAUUUACCAGGUCACGGAGAUGUACUAGAAGCAAAGCAAGGAGAGACUUCAAAGAGCAAAAACUUGCCCAGUCCACGUAGCGAGUGAAGAACAGUCCAGGAGUAAUUCGUAUGUCUGUAACCAUACCAACAGAUUCCUCAGAUGACAGUAGGAACUAUGUCCAGUAUAAAUAGUUUAUUAAAGAAAAUAGCACAUUACAUUUCUGUGAACAAUC